AUGCCUGGACCUCAGGAAUGGGCCUGGAAAGCCUUGAUGGUGAUGGGUUUUCAGGGCCACAGCGGAGCCCAAUGGGCGUCUUGCUGUCCCUGGCUUUUCAAAGCGCCGGUCCUGGCCGUCCCUGAUCACAGCCCCAAGGAGGCUCGCAACGAUGAUCGGACGCCCGAAGUUCCGGAAUUCUUCUUGGAGGGCAUGGAGACGCCAAAGCCAGAGACAGAUAGUCGUGACUUGAUCCAUGCCAACUUCUGUGCUUUCCAGGAAGAGACUCAAAUUUUUGCGCCUGCAGCCCCCAUGCCGUUGCCAGUGCUUGUUGUGACUGGCUUCCUGGGCAGUGGCAAAACCACUAUGGUGAAGCAGCUCAUGAAGCGCCGGAGCAACCUUCGUGUUGCUGCUGUUGCACAUGACCUUGCUGCCACAAUCAACGUGGAUGCGGCCUUCCUCUCAUCGGUGGCCGACGUGCAAAGAGGUCUUGGCAAGGGGGAAUCACUCUUCCAGCAGACCAUGACAGCCUUCCGCGAUGGUGACGUAGCGGCUUUGUCAGGGUGCGUUUGUUGUCCGGGCUUCGAUGACGCGUUGUCAUUUGCGGUUCGCAGUGCGCUGACGCAAGGCGCAGACACAGGGCUCUUGGACUACUUGGUGGUUGAAACCAGCGGAGCUGCCGAUCCGCGAAGGAUCGUUGGAGCUCUGGAGGUUCGGUUUGGGCCCCUGGCACGAGUGCGCCUUGACCGAGUGGCGACUGUGGUUGAUGCCGAACGAGUGGUCGCAGAAGGCCAGCGCUGGGAACUUGCACAGGAGCAGCAAACCGCUGAAGAACAGCUUCAGCUGGUGCAGCUGUCGGUCGCAGAUCUGGUCCUGCUGAACAAGGUCGAUCUUAUCAAGGACGAAGAUGUAGUGUGGGCAAAGCAGCUGCUUCAGAGGCUUUGUCCGGAUGCUAAGGUGCUGCCCUGUCGUCACGGGGACGUCCCUGUGCCGGAUCUUUUGGAUGUAGAGGUGGCCGAGGCUGUGCCGACAGCAGCCAUCUCUCAUGAGGACAAUCCCACGUGCUGGAAGAUGUCCAGCAGCAGCACCGAAUCCAGUCGUCCAAGCCAUGACAGAGGCUUCAAAGGAGUUGACAUGAACAUCCAUCACAGAGUCGCAGAAUGGUCCACCCGCGAUCGGGGGUCCAAGCCAGUGAGGCUUGCUCGGUUGCAACACCUGCUUUGCGAGAAGCUGCCGCGACUGAGACGCUGGCUGCGCCGUGGCAAGGGCUUGCUGCGGGUGGCGGAAGAUCCAUCAGCGCGCUGGGAUUGGGAGCUGAGUGGCCAACUGCGCUACAACCUCCGGCGUUCGGGGGGCACUGUGCCAUGGAGCACAUUGGCACCUUGCAUGCAUUGGCGUCCCAGAGGACAAAUUCCAAGAGGUGCUCUCAGCUUUGGACCAGCUGACUGA